AUGCAGUCCCCUGCUACCACUGCUGAGGGUCUCAGUGGCCCUCCCUUUGGGGCCUACCCACUCCCUACCUUCAAGUUCCAGCCUCGCUCUGAGAGUGUGGACUGGAGGCGCAUCAGCGCCCUGGAUGUGGACCGCGUGGCACGGGAGCUGGAUGUGGCCACCCUGCAGGAGAACAUCACGGGUGUCACCUUCUGCAAUUUGGACCGGGAGGCGUGCAGCCGCUGCGGGCAGCCCGUGGACCCAGUGCUGCUCAAGGUGCUGCGCUUGGCUCAGCUCACCAUUGAGUACCUGCUGCACUGCCAGGAUUGCCUGAGCGCUGGCGUUGCCCAGCUCGAGGCCCGGCUGCAGGCCAGCCUGGGGCAGCAGCAGCGAGGCCAGCAGGAGCUGGGUCGCCAGGCCGACGAGCUCAAGGGCGUGCGGGAGGAGAGCCGCCGGCGUCGCAAGAUGAUCGGCACCUUGCAGCAGCUGCUCCUGCAGACGGGGGUCCAUGGCUACCACACGUGCCACCUGUGUGACAAGACGUUCAUGAACGCCACCUUUCUCCGGGGCCAUAUCCAGCGCAGGCAUGCGGGCGUGGCAGAAGGUGGGAAGCAGAAGCAGCAGGAACAGCCAGUGGAGGAGAUACUGGAGGAGCUUCGGGCCAAACUAAAAUGGACCCAAGGGGAGCUGGAAGCCCAGAGGGAGGCCGAGAGGCACCGGCAGCUCCAGGAAGCAGAGAUUGCUCGUCAGAAGGAGAUAGAAGCUAAGAAAGAAUUUGAUGAAUGGAAAGAAAAAGAGCGGGCCACGCUAUAUGAGGAAAUAGACAAGCUAAAAAAACUAUUUUGGGAUGAAUUUAAAAGUGUUGCCAACCAUAACUCAACUCUAGAAGAGAAACUGCAGGCAUUGCAGUCCUACAGUAUGAUGGAGUCUAACCUCGGGUCACUACGGGACGAGGAGUCUGAGGAGCGACUCAGGCAGACUCAGGAACUCCGGGCCCUGAAGGAGAUGAUGGAAAUGCAGAAAACAGAAUGGAAGAGAAAAAUGAAGGAACUGCAGGGAGAGCACGCAGCUCAGAAGCGAGAGCUGCAGGAGCAGAAUGAGAGGCUCCAGGCCUCCCUGUCUCAGGAUCAGAGGAAAGCAGCCGCCCAGGCCCAGCGCCAGAUCAGUGCUCUCCGUGCCCAGCUCCAGGAACAAGCCAGGCUCAUCACCUCCCAGGAAGAGAUGAUCCAGACCAUGUCUCUGAGGAAGGAGGAGGGGAUCCACAAGGGCCCGAAGGCUAUGGACACAGAGGAGGACUCUUCCGAGGAAGAGUUAGAGGACUCCGGAGACGGACAGCAGAAGGUGCUGGCAGCGCUGAGGCGAAACCCCACCCUGCUGAUGCAGUUUAGGCCAAUCCUGGAGGACACCUUGGAAGAAAAGCUGGAAAGCAUGGGGAUAAAGAGAGAUGCAAAGGGAAUCCCCUUUCAAACUCUCAGACACCUCAAGUCCCUCCUGAGAGCCCACCGGGAGCAGAAGGCACGGAGGUUUUCUGAAUUUCUGAGUCUGAGGGAAAAGCUUGUCAAGGAAGCCACCAGUAGAAUGAAGCAGAGACAGAGACACAUGGCCCCGGCAUCCCAGUUGGACAGCGGGGCUCCAGUCAAAAGCCAGCAGAACCCACUGGCCAUCAAAGAGGCCCAGCCAAAGUCCAGGACGCUGCAUGUGGCAUUGCCAUCUAAGCCAGCAGAGCCACCCACGACAACUCUUCAGAGCCGCAGCAGCCACGGUCCUGGCCUGGCUCCCGUGCCCACCCCUACUCCGCGCCCCAGAGCACGUGGACCCUCCGGCACCUCUGCUUCCUCAGGGCCCGGGCCGAGUACACCCCCAUUCAGUUCUGAAGAGGACUCAGAGGGAAAUUCCGUGCAGCGGACAUCUCUCCAGCCCCCACGAGGUCCUUCCAGGAUGGGGCCCCGGCCAGAGGACAACUGGGACUGGUCUGACACAGAGACGUCGGAGGGGAGUGCCCAGCCCCCUGAAAAAGGCUCAGGUGGGCUGGCUUCCUCAGGAACCCUGGUGCAGUCGCUGGUCAAAAACCUUGAGAAACAGCUGGAGGCUCCAGUGAAGAAGCCUGCUGGAGGGGUCAAUCUGUUCUUAAUGCCCAGCGCCGGCCCGCAGAAGGCUGCCGUGCCAGGAAGGAAGCCCCAGCUUUCAGAUGAUGAGACUGACUUGGAGAUCUCUUCCUUGGAAGAUCUCCCCCAGGACCUGGGCCAGAGAGAAGAACUGAAGCCCCUGUCUCGCUCAAAGCCGCCGGAGAAGUUUGGCACCAGCCCUUGGAGCCCUGGCCGACCCAGGGUCCCUGGCUGGUGA